GGAUCCAUUUCUUUGGGGUUGUUCUCUCUCUCAUCUCUCUCUCUCUCUCUCUACUCGAGAGCUUCGCAAUCCCCCACCUCUCCUUCCACAAGUCCGUUGGAUCAGCAGCCAGCUAGAGCAACAACCAAUUUCGUCAGCGCCGACCGAUAAUGUUUCUAUUCGACUGGUUCUAUGGAGUUCUCGCAUCGCUUGGGUUAUGGCAGAAAGAGGCCAAGAUCCUCUUCUUGGGUCUCGAUAACGCCGGCAAGACCACUCUCCUUCACAUGUUGAAAGACGAGAGACUAGUCCAGCAUCAGCCGACCCAGCACCCUACAUCGGAGGAGUUGAGUAUAGGGAAGAUCAAGUUCAAGGCUUUUGAUUUGGGUGGCCAUCAGAUCGCUCGCCGCAUCUGGAAGGACUAUUACACCAAGGUGGACGCAGUUGUCUACCUUGUGGAUGCCUAUGACAAGGAGAGGUUUGCAGAGUCCAAGAAGGAGUUGGACGCCCUCCUAUCGGACGAAGCACUGGCCAACGUCCCGUUUCUCAUCCUAGGAAACAAGAUCGACAUUCCCUAUGCAUCUUCAGAAGAGGAGCUUCGAUACCAUCUAGGGCUUACCAGUUUCACAACUGGCAAGGGGAAGGUCAACCUCAUGGACUCCAACGUCCGGCCUCUUGAGGUCUUCAUGUGCAGCAUCGUCCGCAAGAUGGGGUAUGGGGAUGGCUUCAAGUGGCUCUCUCAGUACAUCAAGUAGAGAGAGAUGAAGCAGCAGAUAUAAUAGAUGGGUUCUGUAUUCUUUACCAGAGCUUCUUCCUUCUUUUUCUCUCUUUGCCCCCCCUUUUUCUGGGUUUGUCUUCGUGUCAUUUUUGCUGUGACUUGGUACAAUUAGAUUGGAAGAAUGGAAUUCUUUGUGGUUGUUAUGGGUAAAACUGGUUUGGUUGGUUGAAGGAUUAAGCACAAACUUGGCAGUAUGAACCAUCCCCUAUUGAUAUAGCUCUCACCCAUAUGCGGAGAAACUAGCCGAUAUCUGAAUCGAUGUGUUAGCACAGCAAACUCUGUUCAUGUCAAGCUUGUCAUUUAUCUGGUGUUUGAAGGCAUAAUAAUGGAUGGUUGUUGCAGGUAUUGCUGAACAUUGUUAGACAAGUCGGGUGAUAUGCUUUGGCUGUUCUUGUUCAAACCACAUUUGACAUGUUUUUGAGGUAGUUGGAAAGUGGAAACUGUGCAGAAAGCUUAGAGAAGGUUGUGAAUUGCGAGAGUUGGUAGGUGGACGAGCAUUUCAACGUGGUUGUGGGGAUGAUUCUGAAUGGAUCAUGUAUGGGCAUAGGACAAACUGAGGUGAAAGAUAAUGUGUGCACAAUUUGGGACGGGUUGGCUGUGAAUUAUUUCUUACUGCACCAUUUGAAAAGGGAAAGCACGUGCUCCAUCGUCUCUCUGGGAGAAAUUCUGUUUGUUUCUUUGAAGGAUGAGAAGAGUUAACCGUUGCCAGAGGACCACCACCACUCUUGGACAGCAGGGGCUUAUAUAUAUGUUUCCUUUCUCCAUGUUCGUUUGUUCUACUAGGGUUAGGAUUUAGGACCAACCAAGAGCCACAUUUGGUCACUAAAAUUACUAAAUCGUG